CCUUGAUUAUUAGGACCAGUUACUGGCACAUGUCCCCCAUUGGGGAUACAGCCAUAAAGAAAGGAAGGAAGGAAGGAAGGAAGAAAGUUCAUUAAUGUUGUCAAUUUUCAUCAACAAUUAGAUGUUUUUAGUGCUAAUGCAUUUUGAUCACAUUGACGGUCCCAGUAAAAUGGCUAAUGCAGAACUAAAAAAUCGAGUGAUAAUUAAAUAAAUGGAUCUCUAUAAUUGAAAUACAUUCUCACAUCUAACUCUAAAAUAUAUACUGUGUAAUUCUGUCUUAAUGGUUAAAUCAUUCUCAUAAAACAUUGGUUGUUAAUUCUUGUCUUUAAGCAGAAAGUGACUUAUUGUUUUGUUAUUUGCUUCAUAAUAUAAUAUCAGUAUAUAAUAUGUGUGCUAUGAAUUUAACAACUGACGCCCAAGUUGAUAAUCUCUUAAGAAUCAAACUGAAAAAUAUUGACAAAGAUAUGUUAAAACAUAUGGAAAAUGAUCUGGAAAUGUAUGAAAAAGUUUCAUUGACAUUCCUACUUGCUGAAGAUAUGGCUGAGGCAUAUACAACUGCUUGCAAGAUUUGUAAUGAUAUAAAUUCUGGCAAAUAUUAUUUGUGUGAAUUUAUAGAAACAUUGUCUAAGGGGUGGUCAAUUAAACUGUUAGAAGCCCUAUGCAUCAUUAAAACAAAACAUAUUAUUGAAAGACUUGGAUAUUCCUAUGCUGAAUUGGAAAAGUAUUUUUCACCAGAUAUAGAAUAUUAUACUCAUCGUAUAAAUAAGUUGAUAAAACUUUUAUUUAUUCUAUGCGAAUAUCUUAAUGAGAAACAAACAGAAUUGUUACUCAGAUAUAUGAAAGAAGAUGGUAUUCAUAUGACAGAUGAAUUAAAAGACAUGCAAUUGCUUGAGGUCCAUAUAUUAUAUUGGGCUAAAAGUGGAUAUAUUUCCAUAUCCUCAGAUGGUACAGGUAAUGUACAAAACUUGAAAAAACAUUUAAAGAGACUUCCAACAAUGAAUCUUUCACUGUAUGAAGAAAUAGAUAAAUUGAAUAUAUCAGAUACAGGUGAAGCAUCAUGUUAUGAUAAUGCUUUAUGUAAGGUAUUUGAUCUGUCUGAGAAUAAGGUGAAAAAGACUGCUGAUACAAAUAUUAUUCAAACAACUGAAACAACUGCUGUUAACAUAAUUAAGAAAGGAAUAUGUGUGAUAAUUAAUGAGAUUCAUUUUCCAAAUACACAGUACGAAACUCGUUUAAGUUCUAUCCAUGAUGAGAAGAGAUUAAAAGAAACCUUUAUGCUUUUUGGCUUCCAAGUUCUGGUGUUUAACGAUUUAUCAGAAAAGACAAUUAUUCAAAGACUACAAAACAUUACGAAUAAUAUAACUGAUGAGUCUUGUGUCAUUGUGUGCAUAUUAAGCCAUGGGGUAGAAGGAGCCAUAGUUACAACAAAUGGUAAAAUAUUAACAUUAAAGGAAUUAGAAAUGACACUGUGUUGUGAAAAAUUAAAAUAUAUUAAAAAAAUUUUGAUCGUUCAAGCAUGCCAGGGAAAAACAAUAGGCCGUGUAAAGGAUACUUUAACGACGGAUGGCCCUGAAAAUGUAGUGGUUUAUGGUGAAUUUUUUCUAUUCACCUCUACUAUGCCCGGAUUUGUUUCCGUAAGAGACAAACAGAAAGGAUCCUGGUUUAUUCAGGUAUUAUGUGAUACAUUAAUUGAGGGUGCAGAAAGCAAUGAGACUUUCUGUAAUUGCGCAAUGAAAACCACAAACAAGUUGAGCGAAAUGCGUGGCAUAGUCAACGGCGUGGAGACAACGCAAAUACCGCAGAAUACAUCACGUUUAUAUUCGGAUUUUGCAUUUUCUAUAUCUGGUAGUAAACCAGUAUUGUAAAUAAGUACUGAAAAUGUGCUAUUUUUAAACUAAUUAUAAUCAAGCCUGUUUCAUUUCAAAAUCCUUUUUAUUAAACUUCAAAGAAAGAUAUAUUUUUUCAAUAAUUAAUUUUGUUAUUGAUUAUCGCAAAUAUCUCGCAGAAGGGUUGUCUGAAUGCAUAGCAGUUUCAUCCCUUACAGCACAAAACAUUCAAAUACGUUUUAGAAACAUUGCUGAAACGUAACAAGCAAAUUUAUAUGUUUCAGCAAUGUUUCUAACACGUAUUUAAUUCUUGAUGAGUGUACUGGGCAUCAAGUACCCAACCCGAAUUUCGUGCGGUAUGAGGUUCAGGUAAAACCAGGUGCUAAAAUAAAUUCUCUCAUGCCUGACUUGUGCUGAACUGUCAAAGUUUCAUACUCAAUUUUUGCAUGCGCGUAAGACACGUUCUGUCUAAGUUUAGUCCUAACUCCAAGUGUAAAUAAGACUCAUGAUACAGUGUACGACAGUUGCGGUUUCAUUCUUGAGACUGUCCACUUUACGUAAUUGUAAGCUGAUUGAAAUUUACAUUAUAAUUCGUUUUCAGUAUUCCCAAACUUCCAAUGAUGAGAAACUGUCAUUCUUUCAACAAUUUUCCAAUUAUCGUAAAACAAUAUUGGAUAUCACCUGGAUAGAAGUAUGGAAAGAAGUCAAACUGAGGAUAAUAUCCAAUAAAAAUGAAAUUCCAAACUCUUCAGUGCAGAAAUCUUAUUUGUUAAUUCAAUCCGAAAUGAAUAUAAAAUUUUCUAGCUCAAUAAAUUCGAAUGAAUUAAUUUGUUCUUACCAACAUGUUCAUUGCGUUAUAAAUGUGAGACGAAUUUAAUGAAAUUUACUUUUAAGCAACCGUUGAAGAUAACCAAAAAGCGCGCACAUUGUUGCAAGUUUAAAAAAAGCUACUGUGCACUUAGUGCGCAAUGUACCCGUCUGUCCGCGCGCGAAAAUAAAUGUAUCCGUCAGAAGUUAAAUGUUUUAUGCUGUAUGGGAUGUGUAGCUGAUGGUCUCCCUUUGCCAGGAUCAUCUUGACAAUAAAGACAAUAUUAUUAA